UCACAUGAUCGCGUUGGGAGAUAACCAGGAAAUCGAGGGUUGUUUAGGGUGAAAGAAGAGGAGCAGAUGCUCUAAUCCCCGCGCACAAGCAUGUCUCUUUGCAAAACCCGCCCGUUUUUUGUUUUAUUGGUAAUAAAUAUUUACUCUCUCGUGUCCAGCGACGGAGUAAACCUCGGCGCUUCAGAUUCAGCGGACAAACUGGGACAAACGCCGUCUUUGAGCCAUGUUGUGGUGAACUCUCCUGUUUUCAAGUCUGCGUUGGACUCCUCAUUGUCUAUCAGUCUGCUGUCCUCCUUCCCUGAAGACCUGGAGAUCAGUGACUACUGCAGCGAGCUGCUCCACAUAUUCGGACAGCGGUACGUGACCUACGUGAACUGUCUCAUACCUGCCGCUCGACCCGUCCAUGUGUGUCAGAACUGUUUCGCCAGCUAUCGCAGCCUCUUGGAUAUCUACGCGAACAUAUCAUCGGAACAGAUGGGUCCUGGUAAUGUGAGCUGCAAGGACAGUCUUCUGCGCAGUGAUCGGCUGAUGCUGGUUUAUCAGCUCUACAGCAACCUGGAGGGUCUGUGGACCAAAUCAGACUGUAAAUACUGCAUCACUGAGGGACUUCAGAGUCUAACCAAUGACACACUGUACUUCAUGAUGACUCUCAACCAAACUCUCACCUGCUUUGAGAAGUAUCAACAGGGGAAUCAUACAGAGCUAUGCAAAAACUGUAAAAGCUCAUACAAAGGCCUGAAUGAGCUGUACAGCAGAAUGGAGAACAAUCAUACUCUGUGUAUCGACAUAGAGGAUGCGAUGAAUAUGACACGCAGACUGUGGAGUAAGAAUUUCAAUUGUUCCUUCCCCCGUGAGGAGACGGUGCCUGUCAUCGCUGUGUCCAGCUUCAUGCUCUUUCUGCCCAUCAUCUUCUACUUGAGCAGCUUCCUUCACUCUGAACAAAAGAAACGCAAGCUCAUACACCCCAAGCGAGCGAAGUCAUACACCACCCUGAUGAACAUUCAGGACAAACUGACCUGAAGAGGAGAGAGGUUUCUGACCGUUCAUGACAGUGGAGUCUCCUUUAUGAGUUAUUGAAUUGAUGAAUUUGCCUAUUAAAAAUGCAUUUGCUGUGUAAUGUAAACCUUUACUUUGAAUGCAUAAGCCCAAAUAAAUAUUUCUGAACAUAG